CUUCCUCGGUCAGACCAGUGGAUUGAGACACCGUCCAUCUUGCUUUUUACCUCUCUUCUCUCCGAAAACCAGCUCUCACGACUCAUUUCGACAGCAUCGUAUCGACUUUGAGGAGUGCCGACCUCUCUCCCUUUUCGCGCCGAACUCUAAUAUCGUCAACAGGCGAGUGGUGGUUCCAAUCGCGCCAGUCGUCGAUCCUCCCACAUCUUCUUGUCCCAUCUAUUGACUGCUUGCGAGCAACACAACAAAGCAGCUUCAAGUUUCUGAUCGGCCCCAAUUGCUAAGAAGCGAGCCGCCUUACUGCUGAGGACAGACUCUUUCACAGUUGCUGCCUUGCAUUCUAUUGGUACCAGGGAGUCACCAGACUCGUCAUCGACCUACUCCGACCACCACUCUUCGAAUUGAGUUGGAAGUGUGGUCAACGAUCAUCCCCCACCAUCAGUCCCAUAUUCACCGCCUAUCCUCAGCCACAUCUUGAGCGUCUUAUCGAUCAUGGCUCCUCCCAGAUCUUUCCUCCCUCUGCUCCUCUCCGCUUCCACUCUCUUAGUGUCCGCUCAGACUACCACCACAACAUCAAGCACUACACACUAUACUGCCAAGUCGGCGUUGAAGCUCGCAAAGUCGUAUGUGGGGGAUGACUUUCUGAAUGACUUUGACUACUUUACGGAUGAUGAUCCCACCGCUGGUACCGUCAACUAUGUCUCAAAAUCGAGCGGUCAAUCAGCAGGCCUCAUCGACGUUCAAAGCGAUAGCACCUUCAUCAUGCGCGCCGAUUCCGACUCGGUAGCCUCUGGCCGUGGAAGAGACAGUGUGAGGAUCAGUAGUAAAGACUACUUUGCUGAUGGUGUUUACAUCCUCGAUUUGAAUCAUAUGCCCGUCGGCUGUGGCACCUGGCCCGCCUUCUGGACUGUGACCAAGAACGGCUGGCCAGUGGGAGGUGAAAUCGAUAUCCUAGAAGGGGCCAACGGCCUCCCCGUCCAAUACUCCUCCGCCUGGAACGCCACCACCGGUAUCUCUGCCAACGCCACCGGCCAGACUGUCAACACCGUCUCUUUGCAUACUUCCGACACUUGUACGAUUGAAGGAGGGUCGUAUAUGAAUGGGCAAGUGAGCGAGACGGCUUGCAGCGCAUAUGCCAAUGGGAAUACGGGGUGUGGAGUUGAGAUGGACGGCGGCGAGGGCGCGACGAAUGGGACGUAUGGCAGUGGGGUCAACAGUGAAGGAGGAGGAUGGUAUGCUAUGUGGAGAGAUCUUGAAAACUCUGGAUCCAUCAACGUUUGGUUCUGGCCCAGGGGAUCUGCUACCGUCCCAGACGACGUCAAGAACGUCGACACCGCAACCACCAACUUGGCCGGCUGGGGCACUCCCAACGCCAACUUUUCCAUCCCCACCUGUACCUCCGACUUUAGCAAGCACGUUAUCGUCUUUGACCUGACUUUCUGCGGCGACUACGCCGGCGCAACCUACACUUCCGCCGGCUGCCCCGGUACUUGCUCCACUUUCGUCACCAACACCCCCUCCGCCUUCACCGAAGCCUACUGGUCCCUCAACUCUCUCCGCGUCUACACCGCCUCCGGCAAAUCCGUCUCUUCCUCCUCCUCCCUCUCGAGCGGUGCUAUCGCCGGUAUAGUCGUCGGCUCUGUCGUGGGCGCGGCGUUGAUCGUAUUCGCAUUCUUGUGGUGGAGGCGAUCGCAGAGGAAGAAGAGGUUGGGUAUGGGCAAGAAGAGCCUCAGCGCCGGAAGUAACGAACGGAUCCCAUUCGGCAUCCCCACCGUGUCCAAGCAGUCUUAUAAAGACAUUGCUGCCCGCAAACCGCGUACGGGUCCCACAAAGCUCGCCCCCGGCAAGCGGGCGCACGACUAUCUCCCAGGUGAGACCCCGGUCGGCAUGACGCCUUCAAAAAGCAAGCCUUACGGCGGAGGUCGAAGUACGGCGAGGGAGGGAGGGAGCAGCAAGUCGAGCCCGGCGAGCUCGGAUGUCAAGUUGAAUGUGUUGGAGAGUAAGCCUGGGCUGCCUCCUUCUGGUGGACGAGGUUGGGUUGGAUAGAUGGGCGUUCGUGCUUUCGGCAACCACAUUACGUGCACUUAUAGAUAUAUCUAGUAUCCGCUACUAGAUUUCACUUUUCAAUACAGCCUCAGGGCCAAGACUCUAUAGUCAUAUAUCUUGCAUAUGAA